UGGUCCAGACAUUCCUCGUGAUUGGGGGAAGGGCUUGGGGAGGAGAGGCAGUCAGGGUCUGAGCUGUUGGCAACAGGAGCAACUGGAGGAAAGGGAACAUCCUGGAUCUUAGCUACUCUGGGCAGGGGCAGGAGCUUGGGACUGUGAAGACCCGCCCAGAGUGGGUUGACUGGAAACCUGAACCAUUGGAGCUGAGAUCAAGCUGCCUUCUUUCUCUACAUCUACAGGGAUUAGUCUUACUUCCCCUGCCGCCGCCGCCAUCUCUCUGCCUUCUGGGAGUCAGUCCUGUGCAUGCAGGUCCUAGGCUCUGGACCUCAGCCUGCCUCAAUGUCUUCAGCCAGCCUCCUGCCCAGGAAGAGGAGACAAAGAGCUUGCAGAGGACCGAGGAUAGGAGCCAGAGGGAUGGCCCCUGGGAGCCCCGGCCCCCCAGCCCAGGUCUUGGUGACGUUCCAGGAUGUGGCUGUGGACUUCACCCAGGAGGAGUGGCGCCUCUUGGACCCUGGUCAGAAGGAGCUGUACAAGGAGGUGAUGCUGGAGAAUGCUGAGAACAUGCUCUCCCUGGGUCUUCCAGUUCCCAGAGAUUUGGUCUACCAUUUUAAGCAAGUGGAAGCUCCAUGGAUGCUGGAGGAAGAAGGCUCAAGCAACUCCUGUCUGGAUGGAGAGAGGAGGCUUGAAAUGAGAGAGACUACUGAAAAGCUCAGGGAAGAAUCACAACAGCAAAGAUUCAUGAAUGAUGAUCAUUGUGACUUCAGCCUGACAGAAAUCUGGGUCUCUGAUUUCAAGAUAGAAAAACCCCAAAAGGUUCACCAUGAAUUUGAUAAAAAUGGAAAGAGGCAAUAUUCCAUCAUAAUUCAGUGCAAGGAAAUGAUCUCAGACAAUAAUUAUUCUCAGGAAAGUAAAUAUAGGGAAUCCUUUGUGGAACAAAUAGAGUUCUUUGAGUCUCAGAAGAAGACUCCGGUAUUACAAACCUAUAAAUGUCAUGAUUGUGAGAUGACUUUCAACUUAAAAUCAGAACUAAUUAUACAUCAGAAAGGUCAUGCUAGAGAAACGCUUUAUACACAUAAUGCAGUUGAAGAGGCCUUGAGUCAUAAUUCAGAGCUCACUAACCACCAGAAAAUUCAAAAUGGAAAGAAACAUUAUGAAUGUAAUGACUGUGGUAAAACCUUUAAGAAACGGUUAUCACUUCAUCACCAUCAAAAAUUUCAUACUAGCCCAAAGCUGCAUAAAUGUAUGCAAUGUGGGAAAGCCUUCAGGAGACAGUCAUUCCUUACUGCCCAUCAGGAGAUUCAUACAAGGGAGACAUCUUAUGAGUAUCCUGAACAUAUUAAAACUUUCAGUAAAAACUCAUCCCUUAUGGAAUGUCAAAGAAGUCAUACUGGAGAGAAACCUUAUGAAUGUAAACAGUGUGGAAAGACUUUCAGAUUCAACUCUAAACUUGCUCAACAUCAGAGAAUCCAUACUGGAGAGAAACCUUAUCAGUGUAAUGAAUGUGGAAAGAGUUUCAGACAGAAGUCCAGUCUUGUUGCACAUCAGGGAAUCCACACUGGAGAGAAACCCUAUGAAUGUAAUCAAUGUGAAAAGACUUUCAGAUGCAGGUCUAGUCUUGCUCAACAUAAGAGAAUCCACAGUGCAGAAAAACCUUAUGAAUGUAAUCUUUGUGGAAAGUCGUUCAGAUGCAACUCCAAACUUGCCCUACAUCAGAGAAUUCACACUGGAGAGAAACCUUAUGAAUGUAAUCAGUGUGGAAAGAAUUUUAGGCAGAGCUCCAGUCUUGCUGAACAUCGGAGAAUCCACACUGGAGAGAAACCUUAUGAAUGUAAACAAUGUGGAAAGACUUUCACACAGAGCUCCAGUCUUGCUCUACAUCAGAGAAUCCACAUUGGAGGGAAACCUUAUGAUUGUAAACAGUGUGGAAAGACUUUCACAAACACAUCCAAUCUAGCUGAACACCAGAGAAUCCAUACUGGAGAGAAACCUUAUGAAUGCAAUCAAUGUGGAAAGAGUUUUAGGCAGAGCUCUAGUCUUACAGAACAUCAGAGAAUCCACACUGGAGAAAAACCUUAUAAGUGUAAUCAAUGUGGAAAGUGUUUCAGACAGAGCUCCAGUUUUACUGAACAUCAGAGAAUCCACACUGGAGAAAAACCUUAUAAGUGUAAUCAAUGUGGAAAGACUUUCAGACACAGCUCUAGUCUUGCUAACCAUCAGAGAAUUCAUACUGGAGAAAAACCUUAUGUAUGUAAUCAAUGUGGAAAGGCUUUCACACAGAGUUCAAACCUUGCUCUACAUCAGAAAAUCCACACUGGAGAGAAACUUUAUGAAUGUAAUCAGUGUGGAAAGACUUUCCCAAACACAUCGAAACUUGCUCUACAUCAAAGAGUCCACACAGGAGAGAAACCUUAUGAAUGUAAUCAAUGUGGAAAGACAUUCAGAUGCAAUUCCGGUCUUGCUCUACAUCAAAGAAUCCACACUGGAGAGAAACCUUAUGAGUGUAAUCAAUGUGGAAAGACUUUCAGGUGCAAUUCUGGUCUUGCUAAACAUCAGAGAAUCCACACUGGAGAGAAACCUUAUGAAUGUAAACAGUGUGGAAAGAGUUUUAGACAGAGCUCCAAUCUUGCUGAACAUAAGAGAAUUCACACUGGAGAGAAACCUUAUGAAUGUAAUCAAUGUGGAAAGGCUUUCAGAUUCAACUCCAAACUUGUCCUACAUCAGAGAAUCCACACUGGAGAGAAACCCUAUGAAUGUGAUGACUGUGGCAAAACUUUUAGGGACCGCUCAUCUCUUGUUGUUCAUCAGACCAUCCACACUGGAGAGAAACCUUAUGAAUGUAAUCAAUGUGGCAAAACCUUCAGGAAACAGUCAUCCCUCAUUUCCCAUCGGAGAAUUCAUACUAGAUAGAAAUCUUACCUCAGGCAGAAGAAGCAGUCAAAUGGAGUACAGAACUUAUUAGUCAUUCUGAGUAUAAGCUGAAUAUGGACCCAAUGUGGGAAAUCCUUCAGUCAGAGAUCAUCUCUUACUUGAUAUUUGAGGAUUCAUAGUGGAGGGAAACCUUAGGAGUGUGCUCAUCGGGAACCUGCCUUUUGCUGGAAGUGGGAGGUGUCUAGACACCAGAAUAUUCACCCUGAAAGAAUGGCUUAUAGAAUCAAGAUUGUAGAAAAGUCUUAACAUAGCUUUAAAUUUGACAGUGUUGGAGAAGUUCUACUCAAAAUAACAUUUAGGGAUCUAAUUAGCAAGCAAAGCCUUCCAGCAUCAGCACAGAUUUAAUUAGAUAAUCUAAAUUUCAUAUUGCGCACAAAGUCCUAUAAAGGUAAUGGAUUUUCUUCUGAAAAUUAUUUCUAUUAUUUCUCAGUACUCCCCAGUAACAUUCCAUAGAAUUCUUAUACCAUGACUUCAUGAGCUAUUCCCCAAUUGAUUAAUAUACUACCUUGUUCCUUGUUCUUCAAUGGCACAAAAAAAGUUCUAGUAAAAAUAGUGUGGUUAAUGUUGGACAUUAUGUCUUUAGGAUGGUAGGUAGCACAGUGUAAAGUGUUGCUACUGGCACCAGAAUACUUUAAUUCACAUUCAAUUUCUGUUAUUAGCUAUGUGAAUCUGGGCAAGCCUUUUAAUGCAUCACUCCCUCACUUUUCCCUAUCUGUAGAAUGUAUAUUAAAAAAACACCCACCUCUUAGGGUAGAUGUAAGGAUCAAAUGAGAUAUUACCUUUAAAGUACUUUGCAAACAUUAAAUCACGUUAUGUAAAUACUCACUAUUAAUACUAUUCCUUGGGUCAUAAGUCUUAUGGUAGAGCCAAUGGGUAAAAGGUAUGGACAAUUUAGUCACUUUUCUUAUAAUUGUAAUUGAUACUCAAAACAGUGUUGAGGCAAGCAGCAUGUAUAAUGAUAGGGCAUUGAGUUUAGAGUCAGCAAGCCUUGGGUCCAAAUCCAUCCUCAUAUGCUCUCUAUCUAUGUAACUGGGCAAGGAAUAGCUUUUCUAUGCCUCAGUUCUCUGUAAAUUAGGAAGGUUGGCCUCAUCGGGUACAAACAAAGCCUCAAAGAAAAAUGCAAAAUGAACACAAACUCAGCAAAGAUUCUUGUAGGAGCUCUAGAACGAAAUUUUAAAAAGCAAAUAAGAAUGGUAGAGGAAAAUUUGGGAAAAGAAAAAAUAAUUUUAAAAAAUCAUGGCAAGAGAAUGAAAAGCUUAGUAAAAGGCAUGCAAAAGAUGAAAAAAUUAUUUAAUCAUCAUUGGUUAAAUGGUAAAAUAGGCACAACAUGUCACUGAAGAAAAUAACUCCUUCAAAAUUAGAAUUGGUUAGGUGUAAUGUAAUACAUUGGUGGGAUAUCAAGAAACAGUAAGAGUUAAAAAGCAAAAAAAAAAUCAAAAUAGGAACCUAUUCACAGGCAAAAUAACUGACUUGGAAAGGGGAUGAAGGAGAAACACUAAAAAAUGAUUGAACUAGGGGCAGCUAGGUAAUGCAGAGAAUAGAGCACCAGAUGUGGAGUUUAGAGGAUCUGGGUUCAAAUGUGGCCUUCGACACUUCCUGGAUGUGUGACCAGUCACUUAACCCCAUUUGCCUAGACCUUACUGCUCUUCUGUUUUGGAAUCAAUAUUUAGAAUUAUUGAAGUCCCUAAAAGCCAUGCUAACAAAAGAGUUUAGACCUCAUCUAUAAGAAAUUGUAACAGAAUUCUACUUAGAUAUAACUAGAGGGCAGAAGUAAAAAAUUCAAAGAGCCUACUGGUCAUCCCCUCAAAGAAAUCCCAAAAUGAAAAUUCCUAGGAAUAUUAUAAGCACAAUCCACACAUCUUAGGUUAGGGAGAAAGUACCUCAAACUGCUAGGAAAUAAGGAUGGAAAUACCAUGAUGCCAUAAUCAGAAUUACAUAAUAUUUAGCAUUUAUAACUCUUAAAGGCUAGAUAGUUUGGAAUAUGAUAUUCUGGAAGGCAAAAAUGUAGGGUAAUAAUUAAAAUGAACCUACUCAGAAAAUCCUCAGUAUCAUCACUAUCAGGGGGGAAAUGGUUGUUUAAUGAAAUAGAGGACAUUUCAGCAAUGCUAACAGUAGAGCUGAAAGGUAAAUUUGACAUUCAAACAAAAAAGGGUAAAAUUGAGUGAGAAAUCAUGAGGCACUUGAAAUGACUCCACUCUUUACAAUCCUAAAUGGGAAGAUGAUACACACAUCCCCUAAGAACUUUAUGAUCAUUAGGGUAGUGAGGAGACUACUUAGAGGGCAUGGGUAUGUGUCUAUUGUGUUGAGAUGAUCCCCAAAGAAGAAAGGAAUAGUGAGAAAAAGGGAUGCACUAAAAGAGGAGAAAAGGAAGAAAGAAUGAAGAAAAAUAUCCCAUAUUAAACAGGUGUUCAAGGAAAAGUUUUUAAAUUAGAGGGAAAAUUUUGUGUAAGUUUAUAUUUUGUGUGUAUGUGUUUGUGCAUGUAUAUGAGUAUGUACAGAAACACAGCUGGAGAAGUAGGAGGAGGGUUCUAUGAGAGUACAGAGUCAAGGAGGUUAGUGUUAAUGAUCAGAAAGCAAAACAUUUUUGAGAAAGGGCCAAUCUACUAAAGAUAAAUAGAAGAGAAUAAGGGGGAAGAAAAUGCACAGUAAGCGAUUAUCAUUAUGAAAGUAAUGGACUCAUUUAUAAAAUGAAAGAGGAUAGCAGGAUGGAUUAGAAAAUACAACACAGGGGGCAGCUAGGUGGCUCAGUAGAUUGAGAGCCAGCCCUAAAGAUGGGAGGUCCUGGGUUCAAAUUUGGUCUCAGCUGUGUGACCCUGGGCAAGUCACUUGACCCUCACUGCCUUGGAACCAAUAUACAGUAUUGAUUCCAAGAUGGAAGGUGAGGGUUUAAUUAAAAAAAAAUAAAACAGAACCUGGCAAUAUGUUUGUUGUUCAAACAUGAAGACACUCAGAGAGUUAAAGUAGGGGUCUGGAGCAGAAUCGAAUUCACAUCAGCUACAGUUAAAAUGGCAAGUGUAGCAAAAGUGAUCUCAGACAAAGCAACGUUAGAAAUAGCCCUAAGAAGAAGAGAUAAUCAAGGAAAGUACAUUUUGCUAAAAGCUACGAUUGACAAGGCAUUAAUGUCAAUAUGGAACACAGAUGCACCAAAAAGCAGUUUCCAAAUUCUUAAGGGAAAAGUCAAAUAAGUUAUACGAGGAAAGAGGCAAGAAAACCGUAUUAGUGAGGUCCACCACGUACUCCUCUAAGACCUGGAUGAAGCUAACCAAAAAUAAAUUAGAAUAAAAAAAAAGGAAUAGAAUUUUAGAAAAGGUAGAUGUGAGACUCCUGGAAAAAUUAGACUGAAAAUAGAAUGGAGUAUACCUAUUUCUCAGCUGUCCACAAAACCUUUACAACCGACCAUCUCACAACAAAUGAAAACAAGCAAAACUAGAAAAGGCAACCUUUUCCCCACAAUGCAAUAAAAAUUACAUUCACUAAAAGGCCUUGUAAGCCUAAAUUAAAAAUUAAUUGGCAGGAAGCUAGGUAGCACAGCAGAUGGAGCACUACGUGUGGAGUUGGGAGGUCCUAGGUUCAAGUUUGGCCUCAGAUGGAUUUACCAGCAAAUUCUAUCAAACAUUUAAAGAACAAAUCUGCUUGUUUGGAAAACUAGGUAAAGAAGAAGUCCUACUAAAUUCCUUCAAUGCCUCGAUUAUGGUUUUGAAAAGUACAAGAAAAAUAGAGACUAAUUUUCCUACAUUACAAAUUUUUUCCUAAAUUACAAAUUUUCCUAAUUUUCUACAUUAACAAAUGUAGAAAAAAUUGACCAAACAGAACCCAUUUCUGUUAAAAGUCAUAUAAAGUUUAAGAAUAGCUGGAGGUUUUCUUAAAAUGAAAGCAGAAUGUAUCUACAAUGAACAAAGCAUUCUUGGUAACAGCCAUAAACUAGAAGCUUCCCCAUAACACCAAGGGUGACACAAGGAAGGCCAGCAUUGCCAUUAGCCUGGAAUCUCGUACUGGAAACACUAGAUGUGCCAAUGACACAAAAGAAAUGGAAGGCGCAGGCCUGGGCGAUGAGGACAGCAAAGGAGGGCUUUGGGCAGGUGCCAGGAUGGCGAACUUGUGGAACUCUGUAGACACAACUAAGACACCAGCUCCAAAGACAACGUUAGCAAAGCAGCAGGCUGUAAGGAAGCAGCUUCAGUCAGCUGGUAUUCCUUGCUUCAUGCCUCUUUCUGUUCCCUAAAUGUCACCCCAUUCGAUGGUUGGCAUUUUAGUGAUAAGGUAGAAGUCAUGAUCCCAGGGAUUGACUGACUAACUAACUGUGAGUGACAAUAAAUAAUGCACAACCAGAGUGUGAGUAAGAGUUUUUCUCCGAUGGAGCGUCUUCCAUCAUCUCGGUGCCAAGGGACGUCUGUGCCUGCCUUCAGCAUCCUGAAGUGUGUCCGGAUGUUCCUGAGGCGUUUGUGAUCCCUCACGUGGCCACAGAAUGACUUUGGCUGUCCCUCCAUCUCCAUAUAUGGCUACAGAUGCAGCCCCAUAAGGAGAAGGUAGGGGAAGACCUCCAGGGAACGGAAGAUGGACUGGCCCCCUUCUGGGGUGAACUGGGGCAGUUUAGCUCUUUGGUGUAUAAAUCUCUGUCGGUUGAAGAGCUUGUGAUUUCAGCCCAUGCUGGGUCUGUCCAGAGACCCUCACUCUGAUGGGCACAUUCACAAUUCUUUUACAAACUGGCUCCCCAAGAGAUUGAGGAUUCAGACUCCAGGAUCCAUUGGUCCUUCCAGGAGACAUUUCCAGGAGCUCCACUGUGGGGUCUUUCUCUCGAAGGACUCCUGAAGCCUGGAUCCCACCUCAUCCAAGUAUCGUCCUCUUCUGAGCUUUUUUUUCUUUGUCUCUGUAGGUCUUCUGUUGAUUUGAGCCUUCAUUUCCCUUGGCUGGACUUUUAUUUCCUGUGCCUGAUACACUUAGACAGGUGCAAAGGUAAAGAAAAUUCACCUAAAGUCCUUUCCUUUGCUCGAAUUCGAGAAAGGACACAGUUAGGAAUAUGUUACUGCCAGGACUUUGGUGGGCUUAAGGAUUUAUUCCAUCACCAUUCGUUUAGUUUUGUGUGGAUCUGAGGAAUGAUUAGGGGGUUGGAAAUAAUCACAGACUCUGUGACCAUCCCAGAAGAGCAGAGUCAUUUCUUGCACCUUGAAACAACAGUUCCCAAAUGUAUUCUUUCUUUUGUGUGCUUUAAGAGUCAUCUCUUAUGUGAAUUUAAUACGAAUUUGUACCCCUCUUUCUUUGAAGGACAGUUUUGAAAAUCCAUUUUGGUCUCCACUGUACCCUUUGAUUGGGCAAGCAUUCAGACCCUGAGAGGACACCAAAGCCUCUAGGCUGGCUGGUUCCCAGGAAGACAGUUGUCUCAUGUCCCUGCCAGCUCUGGGACAGGAAAGGGAAGGGGGGAAGGGAGACAGUUUGGAUCCUAUAACUUGGAAAAACUUGUGUAGAAAUUUGUUAUUACAUGUAAUUGGUUAAAAAUAUUUUGUAAUAAAAGAUCCUAAUUUGAA